GUUGUCCAAUCACGCACUCAGGGCACGAGUCUAUGGGUUCGGUCCAUGAAAACACGCAAUCAGAAGGCGCUUUAUCUCCUGGGAAAUUAGCAUAGGCGAGUCAAUAUAUGUCUCUGUCUGGCUUGCUGUGAUCAUUGACUCGUCAGCAUCAUCAUGCCUGAACCAGCGAAGUCUGCUCCCAAGAAGGGCUCCAAGAAAGCGGUCACUAAGACCGCCGCUAAAGGAGGAAAGAAGCGCAGAAAGUCCAGGAAGGAGAGCUACGCUAUCUACGUGUACAAAGUGCUGAAGCAGGUCCAUCCUGACACCGGCAUCUCUUCGAAGGCGAUGGGGAUCAUGAACUCUUUCGUCAACGACAUCUUCGAGCGCAUCGCCGGUGAGUCGUCUCGUCUCGCUCACUACAACAAGCGCUCCACCAUCACCUCGAGAGAGAUCCAGACCGCCGUGCGUCUGCUGCUGCCCGGAGAGCUGGCCAAACACGCCGUGUCUGAGGGCACCAAGGCCGUCACCAAGUACACCAGCUCCAAGUAGAUCUCUGCUCCGACUCCGAGACCCAAAGGCUCUUUUAAGAGCCAC